AUGGCUGAUAUACUGCCAGUAGAAGUGCCAGAAGACUUCUCCCGAUGCCGGAAUCGAGAUCACACUGGGAAACUGUGUCCUAUACCAGAUGACUUACGCCUAACUUAUGGUUAUGGAACUGCCGGAUUCCGCUGCAGAUCUGAUUUAUUGCCAUUUGUAGUCUUCCGUAUGGGUUAUUUAGCUGGCCUUCGAGCAAGGGAUCUCAACCAAGCAGUUGGUGUCAUGAUUACGGCCAGUCAUAAUCCAGCGAAAGAUAAUGGUGUUAAGAUUGUGGAUCCUAAAGGGGAAAUGCUUGCCUCAGAAUGGGAGAAGGCAGAUGCUCUUGCUCUCCAUCAGAAAAGGACGCAAGAUGUGAUUGCAGCAGUACUGAUAUACGCAGUAAAAUGGCCUCUAUUGACAGCCGCCAUCCAUUAUCUUCCUCAGUCCUUCACCUUCAGGACGGCGAUUGAAGAAUUUAUGAAGCUGAUCAUAGUGCUGUUAUCGGUCUCACCAUGA